GUAUAUAAAGGCCCCAUUGUAUCCUCCCAAAAUAUUAAAACUACCAACAUUUGAGUUGCAAAUUCAUUCAUUUCACAAAAUUCCAGUACCCCUCUUAGAUAAUGAAAGAACUUAUACAAAAUAACCCCAUGAUUUUACUCUACUUCAUUCUCCCUAUCUUCGUCUUCUUCUUCUUUAUUCUCUCAAUAUUUCGCCAAAAAAAAUUUCCACCAGGUCCAAAAGGAUGGCCAAUAAUAGGUAACAUGAUGAUAAUGGACCAAUUGACACAUCGUGGCUUAGCAAAAUUAGCACAAAAAUAUGGUGGCAUUUUACACCUCAAAAUGGGAUAUCUUCAUAUAACGGUGGUGUCCAAUCCAGAUGAAGCGCGACAAGUUUUACAACUUCAAGAUACCGUAUUCUCUAAUCGUCCUGCGACUAUAGCCGUGAAAUACUUAUCGUACAAUCGUGCAGAUAUGGCUUUUGCUCAUUAUGGACCUUUUUGGCGUCAAAUGAGAAAAUUAUGUGUUAUGAAACUUUUUAGUCGUAGAAGAGCUGAAUCUUGGGACUCAGUUCGUGAUGAAGUUGAUUCUAUGACAAGAGUUGUUGCUACUAGCAGUGGUUUAAGUGUCAAUGUCGGUGAACUUGUCUUUGGAGUUUCAAAGAACACUAUAUACAGGGCAGCUUUUGGAACAAGCUCGGGCGAGGAAGAUGAGUUACUUAAAAUUAUGCAGGAAUUUUCGAAGCUUUUUGGUGCAUUUAACUUAGCAGAUUUUAUACCUUGGCUUGGAUGGGCUGAUCCACAAGGGUUAAACACUAGGAUGGUAAAAGCUAGGGCAUCCUUAGAUUGUUUCUCUGAUACUAUUAUUGAUGAUCAUAUAAAGAGAAAGAAUGAGAAGGAUGAUAGUGAUAAAGAUAUGGUGGAUGAGCUAUUAGCUUUUUAUGAUGAAGAAGCAAAAGUGACUGAUUCUGAUGAUUUACAGAAUGCUCUUAGACUUACAAGGGAUAAUAUUAAAGCCAUCAUCAUGGAUGUCAUGUUCGGUGGGAUAGAGACAGUAGCAUCCGCCGUAGAAUGGGCCAUGGCAGAGCUAAUGAAAAGUCCAGAGGAUCUCAAAAGAGUACAACAAGAAUUGACCAACAUUGUUGGCCUCCAUAGAAAAGUAGAAGAAACAGACUUUGACAAAUUAACCUACUUGAAAUGCUGCAUUAAAGAAACUCUCCGUCUCCACCCUGUGAUCCCUGUCCUAAUCCACGAGGCGGCGGCGGACGCCACCGUCUCCGGCCAUUAUAUUCCGGCAAAGUCGCGUGUUCUUGUCAAUGUAUGGGCCAUUGGACGUGAUAAAAACUCAUGGGAAGAUCCUGACACUUUUAAACCUUCGAGGUUUCUCAAGGAAGGUGUAGCAGAUUUCAAAGGUGGAAACUUUGAGUUUUUACCAUUUGGUUCCGGUAGAAGAUCUUGUCCAGGUAUGCAACUAGGGUUGUUUGCAUUGGAAAUGACUUUGGCUCAUCUUCUUCAUUGCUUCACUUGGGAAUUGCCUAAUGGAAUGAAACCAAGUGAUGUUGAUAUGGACGAUAUUUUUGGACUUACUGCUCCUAAAGCUACUCGACUUGUGGCCGUGCCUAGUCCUCGCUUGUUGUGUCCACUUUAUUAAGACAUUAAUUAAAAAAGAAUUCUUUUCUCUUUGAAAAAGAUAUUCUAAUUAAAUAAUGACUUGUAAACUCUUUGAAAUAGUUUUGUGAUUUAUCUUGAAUUUUUGUUCA